AUGGCUGAUUAUGCAACUGCAAACAAUAUGGAGAUUAAGCACCUCUCGACCAUCGCCAACGACGUCGUUCGGAGAUGCGCCCAAAAGCUCGAUGCUUCUGUUUCGUCGCUGGUCGAAGAGUUCGAGAAGGAGUGGGAGCCUCAGAUGGCAGGCUACUCGAGGAAGUUGGUAGAAUUUUGCUGCUCGAGAGCGCUUAUGGUGAUGUGUGUUGCUAUAGAUGAAAAUAUAACUAAUGGCACCUUUAGCCGCUUCACAUUCGAUAUGAUGCUUGCUUGGGAGGUGCCGAGCUCAGCAGACGAAGAAUCUCGUAAUGAGUGUGUGGCGAAAGAGAACGAGGAGAAGAAGGUUCCUGUUGUGGCCGAUGAGCUACACGACGAUGUUUCACUUUUCUAUUCAGAUCUCAUGCCGCUCCUCGUCGACCGAGAGCCGAAUGUGGGGGAAGAUGCAUUUGUGUGGUUAGGAACACUUGUUCCAUUGGUUGUUGAAAUGGUCAAUGGUAGAUUUACGUUCGAGACAUUAACUGCGCCAACCGGAAACCGACUCCAUUUUCCGGCUUACGACAAAUUCUUGAAAGAAAUUCACGGAUGCGUAAAGCAUUUACAGAAGCAAGAAACUCCGAGGGGAGUCGAGUUCUUGGACGAUGAAUUUAUACUCCACGUCGAGGGGACUGUGAAUUCUCAAAGAGUGGUUCGCCAUAUUGGAGGAACUAGUUGGCCUGGCAGAUUGACGCUGACCAAUUACGCCCUUUACUUCGAGGCAUCGGGCAUCGUUUCAUAUGAAGACGCACUAAAACUCGACCUCUCAAAGGACUCGGAACAGAGUGUGAAACCCACAGCGACAGGUCCUUGGGGUGCUCCUCUAUUCGACAAAGCUAUCGUUUACGAAUCUUCUGAAUUGCAAGAAGGCAUUAUCCUAGAGUUCCCGGAGGUUACAAGUUCGACCAGGCGAGACCAUUGGCUGGCCCUCGUCCGGGAAAUCAUACUCCUGCACAGGUUUCUUUCAAAGUAUAAAGUGGACCCCACCUUUCAUGCCUGGGAGAUGCAUUCGAGGACAAUACUCGGCAUCGUGCGCCUCCACGCGGCCCGCGAGAUGCUCCGCAUUUCGCCGCCUCUCUCCAAGAGCUUCCUCAUAUUCACCCUUCUCGACGACCUUCCAAAGGGGGAUUACGUGCUCGAGGAGCUUGCCGGAAGCCUCGGGAGGUCCGGUGGUGGGGCCCACCCGUGCAGCGCCAGCUCCAUCCUCAGGAAUCUCAACGUCUCCCGGCCCUCGUGCCCGGUCGAGCCUCGGCGGGAAAUUGUUGGUGGUGAUGAUAACAACAAAGAUAUGUCGUCUUUGGAGAGCGCGAUAAACCAGGCGCGUGAGGAGGGGAAGGAGAUGGAAGUUGCUAGAGCUAGUGCCGAGGGCCUUAAGGUUGAUGGCAUUAGUGAGAGUGCACAAGUGCUUAUGGGGCUACUUGAACCAGUUAAGAGCGAAGUCCCCAAGUUGCUAGGGGUUUUCACAUGGGAACGGCCCCUGGCCACGUCUAUUGUCAUUGUUUCGGCUAUGGUGGUCAUCUACAAAGAGUGGGUGGGGCCGGCGGUAUCGAGUUUCUUGUUGUGGGCAGUUGCGAAGAUGAUGUGGGCAAGGUAUGAGAGGAUGUACGAAAAGAAAAACAAGGUCGUGAUCCAUACCGGGUCGGAUCAGACAGCCAUGGAAAGCAUUGUGUCGGCUCAGCAGGGGCUAAGGACCCUGCAUGAGAUACUUCGGGAGACGAAUAUAGCAUUACUUAAAAUAUGGUCUAUUAUGCUCUCUAAAGCUCCAAGAGUAAGUUGCACCACCUCACAUUCCACAUUUUUAAGUUUUAAGAUUUUUCAUACGAAUACGGUCAUGAUGAUCUUGACUUGUUCUGCGGUUGUGUUGGCUGUGGUCCCGUUCAAGGUCAUCUUGAUGGUCGCUGUUUUGUACGGUUUUGUGAUGACAUCAAAAAUUGGGAAACGUCUCCAGAGUGAUCCAGGCAACCGUCGUUUGAGAGAAUGGUGGGACUCGAUUCCUGUGGUCCCCGUCGAGUUUGUGGACAAGGAAGCAGUCGGAGUAAAUAGGGAGGCAAAGUGCAAUAUCCAGAACAAGGGGAAAGGAGAUGGGAAUGUGUGGAAGUAUGGAGGAUGA